GGAAGAAUGUGGCUUUCUCCAAAUUCCAUGAUGUCCCAUUACAACAUUGAACCUAUUACAUAGUACAAGCCUUGCUUCCCAUGUGCCUCUUGAUGUCGUGAACAUGGGUUAGUUUGAAGUUUCGGGCAAUUAGGCCUGUCAUGAGCAAUCUCUAUUUACGUCCCGUUGUCGAUCAUCUAUACUUAUAUCGUAACUUGUAAGGUACAUUAUCGCUGAACGUAGAUCAGCCCCAUCUUCUACCGACCUUCUAAGAAAGUGCACAUAUCCGAUUCCCAUCUAUAAAGCAACCCUCCUCCCAUCCACCCAGUUUCUCAACUGUAUUUUAACAUAUCCAACUGCAUACCGAGGUAGCAAAGGUGAUUCACCUGUAAAUAUCAGGAAAGGGUUUUUUUUUCUUUUUCGAAUUAUAAACACGCUCGCUUCGACACUUUCACUCGCUACUUAUCCUAAGGAAUAAUAUACCCAACAAAACCUACCAGUUACUUAAUAAUGGCACCUCUACGCGUGCUCGUUCUUCCGGCUCUUGCGGCCGUCGCCGCCGCCAUCAACGUAGCUGACUACGUCCCGGCCUGCGGACCCCCGUGUAUCACCGAGACCGUCGACAAGCACACCACUUGCGAUGAGGGCGACAACACUUGCAUCUGCGCCUCCGUCUACACCGUCAAGCGCGACGGUGAGAUCUGCCUGCGAAGGGAUUGCUCCGCGACCGACUAUGGCAGUGUCAUGAAGGGCAUCGACACCUUCUGCGCCGCCGUCGCCUCUGGCCCAACUGAGCCCACUACUAGCUCCACCCCUGAGCCUACCCCUGAACCUACCAGCACCUCUUCUUCCGGCUACCCGACGUCGCCGUCGCCGUCUUCUUCUUCUUCUGAGGAGACCAGCUCUACUGAAGCCCCAAGCUCCAGCUCCAGCGGUGGUUACCCCACGGAGUCUCCUUCCAGCUCCACCGAGGUGCCUAGCUCUAGCUCUAGCGGUGGCUAUCCUACUGAGUCACCUUCCAGCUCGGAGACCGCCGCCCCGCCUUCUUCCUCUUCCCCGGCUCCUCCGGUGUCUUCGGGAACUGGCUACCCUACCGUGUCCACCGGCACUGGUGGCCCUACCACCCUCGUUCCGACCGGAUCCAGCACCUCUGCUCCCACUAGCCCGUCUUCCGGUGGUCAGGUCCCUACUGGACCUUCUUCCGUCCCCGGGGGCUACCCCUCCAGCGCCCCCUCCGGCAGCGCGACCGCCACUCCCGUUGCCCCUGGCGCCGGUGCCCGCGCCGAGGCUCGUCUCGGUGCCAGCGUGGCGGCCCUCGUCAUCGCCAGCGGAAUCAUGUACUUCGCCUUCUAAGCUCCAUAUCCUUUAUGACCUAGGUUGUGCGAGCUUGUGGUGUCUCGGGAAGCAUCAUGUGGUAGCUUAUUAAUGCCGUGGCUAGAAAAUAGGAAUGGUUUUUUAUACAUACAGUCGGUCGCACCUCCUAGUUGAGGGAUGGAUCUCUUCGCUUCUGAAAAAUUGUAGAUAGCCCUUGUGCACAUGCGUUUGCGUUAGGCAUGUGAGUAUAUAUUGAAUACAUAUGCAUUGUUACGGAUA